GUAACUUUUUUUUAAUGAGUAUAUACCUAUAAGUUUUAUUUUGAAGAUAAACAAUGAAAAAUUCUGAUGUGAAGGUGAGUAGUGGAUAUUUUCGUGAGAAGGCAACCAUAGGCCUUAGUAUUUUAACCGGGAAUCAGAUUGACAAAGCCUUGAUGAAAUCAACAAGCCAUAUGCUAAAGGCACCUAAAGAAAAAUAUGUCCAAUUAUUGUUGUCUGCAUCAUAUAAUCAUUGUUAUGAGAUUAAAAAAAAUGGACUGUCUGUUAGUAAAUAUAUUGUUCGUACGCUCAUUAAGAGAUUGCAAACAUACAAUUGGGUCGUUGUGAUGAAAACAGUGGUUGUUUUUCACAGAUUGUUGUCUGAUGGCUCUGAUAAAAUUGUUCAGGACAUUUGUGAUGAGAAAAAUAUUUUCAGCCCCCUUAAGAGAUUUUCUGAUACAUACAUUGUUACUUUCCAGAGGUAUUUUAUCGAACAAUAUAUGGGGUAUUUAGAAGAACGUCGCAUUAGCCAGAAAUUUAUUGGCGUUAGUAGACGUAUCGCGACCCCGUCAUUUGAAGAAUAUAUUGGAUCACUGAAUGUCGAGUUGCUUUUUCCAAUAUUCGAAUCAUUACUGACGAUACUUGAGGCACUCGGUAAUAUAAAAUAUUCGGAUCAAAUUGUAAAUAAUUUUUGCACUAUGGUAGCAUUUGAAGCACUAGUAAAGGAUGGCAAACUUAUUUUUAAAUUACUUUCGACAUCCAUGGUGUUUGUAUUAAAUGGAUUUGAAGAAUUUACUGUAUCUUUGAAAAAAACAUGGCUGAAUAUAUAUAUAAGAUUUACUCGUGCUAUUGGAGGCUUGAAAAAUUUUUUCGAUUCAAUUACCAAGUCCUCACGUGUUUUUACUGAAGAGGUUCCUAUUUUAAGGCUUCCAUCUGAAAAGGUUUUACGUGACCUUCAGCUGAAUGUGUUUGAAAGUACGAUGCCUGAUGUGGAGAUUUGCACUCUUGAAGGCAUUGAUAUACACAAGGAGGUGAAACCCCAACCUGAGAGGGGCAUUUUUCCUGUAGUUAAAUCGCAACAGCAAACAGCGUCACCAGAGAACAUCAACGGUACUUCUACGGAAUCUAAAAGUCCACUUCAAAAACCCAUCAUUUCCAUGGAUGAACUUUUUGGACCGAUUACAUCUGCCAUUGCGCAAACCAGCGAGCGACAAUCAGAUAUCAACCAUAUAGAUCCUUACUUCUCUCUUGGUGAGAUACCAGCGAAUGAAUUUCCCACUGAAUUCCCAGGUGCAGGCUGGUCAAGCGGAGUUCCUACAGAAUGGUCUCCUCUCACUCCAAUUAUUGAUCCUGUGUAUAAUUGGUAAACAUUAGAAAAUAAAUUUUAUAGGAACUAUACACAUUCCUAUUUAAUUAAACCCAGCACAAGUGCCAGAAAAUCAUAAUGUUUUCGCACCUGCUAUCGUAAUAACACUUAUCCGCACGCCACAUUGUUUGAGCUGUUUAGGAAAUACGUUUGGUCUAUUAUUAUUAUUCUAGCUACAAUAUAUUUAUCUAUUUGCUUAUAAAUAUCUUUAUAUAUAUAUAUCUAUAUAUAUACAUAUAUAUAUUGCACGUUUUCAAAAGGAUUAAAUGUCAGGGACACAUUAAUACAUCUUAAAAAAAAAA